GUUCGUUUGAAAACCGCCACUUCGCGUCCAUUCGUCUCGAUGUCUACCUCAAAUUUUCUUACUGUUAUGUCUAUCCGAUCGAUCGAAACUGGGCUUUGAUCAUCCUUUUGAGAAGAAACUUCGAAACCCAUCUCUAGUUUUUGCGUAAGAAGAGGAGACUUGUGUUUUCUGGGUGUUUGUUUUGAUUUAUGAGUAGAGAGGUUUGUUGCUUUAAAUAAAACUUUAUUGUUCUUGCUUUUUGGGAUUUUGAUUGUGAAAAAUGGACGAUUGGAAAAGGCGCCAAGCUGAUUAUCAUCAUCACGAGGUUCCGAGGACACCCCCAAAAUCACAGAACAGAAAACCACCAUCUGGGUUUUGGCAGCCCACUGUGCCUUCAUGGGAGAAGAAGUUUUGCAGUUCUGUGGGUGCAGUUCCAUGGAGAAGGCUUUUGGAGGCAAAGAAGGUAAUGUCCUUCUAUGAGAAUGUGGUUCAGUGGAAUGACUCGGCUGGCGAAGAGGCAUUCAACAAUGCAAAAAACCGUUUUUGGGCAAAGAUCAAUGGACUCCCCUGUGACAUUUCUCUGCCUGACCCAGAUAUCUACAUUGACGAAAUUGAUUGGAAUUCUGACAUUGAUCCUGAGCUGAUACUGGACCUUGAUCGAGAACCCGUUGCUACUGAUGAGGGGGAAAAGAAUGGGAAAGCUGGUAGUCUUGGUGAUUCUCUAUUAUGGUUGAAUCGGCCAGUCCCAUGCACUGGGUGGGAUGAUUUAGAGGAGGAUCCUGUGAGAAUGGCCAAAAAUUUGUCAUCUGAUCCAGUUUUGGGAGAUUGUGAUCAGGAGGCUAAUAUUGAUCACAAUCCUGGGGAAUCUGGCCACAAUCCUCGCGGUCAAAAUGCUAGCUUUGAUCAUAAUCCUUGGGAAUCUGGUAACAAUCUUCAGGCAAAUGAGGGUAGUCAGGAUAAAACAUGGGAAAACCAUGGAGGUAAUUCAUGGAGUUUGGACCCGUGGGACAACAAUGCUAAUGAGUUAGAGAACUGCGAAACUAGACAAAUAAAUGGAGGUUGGGGGGUAUGGAACAGGAAUUGCAGGAAGAGAGAAAGUGCUGCUCAGUACAUGUCAAGGUACAAGACCUCAAGAUUCCAUAGAAAUGACUACCAAACAGAUCGAUGGUGGAAGAAUGGCAGCAGAGGAAGGAGGAGGAUGAAUUCUGUUUAUGAUCGCCCUCUGAUUGAUAAGAAGCCUUUGGUUCCAAGUCGGUGGAAUUCAGUCCAUUAUUGUGGACCAUUUAGUCAUCAUGGAUCUGGUGAUGCAGGCAAUAAUUGGGGCUGGGAAAAGCCCCCAGUUUCUUAAGCAUUAAAGCUAGUUUUAAAGAGACUCUCUGUCUCUCUCUCUCAAGCUCCAUAAUAGUUGGAAGACUUGGUACCAGCCGGGCAGAGUCCUAUAGAAUCUGUGAUGUUGUUUUUUGUCCUUUGCUUCUGAAUAGUUGCCUCGUCUGAGAUUUUCAACUGCGGGAGUUCUUUUCAAGUGUAUGUAGCAGGUAUAUAUUGUUCCAUGUUGUGAUUUUGAUAGUGAAAUGCUUGGUUGUCACAGACAACAAAUCUGUAGUCUGUCUUGUAAAUUGCUUUCUGACCUUUUCUCCCUGAAACUUGCAAUUAUGCAAGGGAAAAAUCAAUCAAUCAGCUCUAAAAGAGCUUCUUCAGAAAUCAGAAUCCUGACCGCCAGGUAUCUUUGUUGA